AUGAGUUUACUUAAUUCUUUUAUUGACUCUAUUGCUUGCGUUGGCUUUAGUGCUGAACGUGGCCUUAAACUUGAUCCAGAAUCUAAAGAAGAUGGAUCACCUUUUACAUCCUCUUUACAACCAUCUUUAUUGGCCAUUGUUACAGCUUGUAGUGCCAUGUACCCUCAAUCACGUGGUAAUGAAUUUAUCGAUCCAUCUUAUCCACCUGUAGGUCUUACAAAUUCAUCUCGAACAUCAUCUUUUGGUUCAGAUCGUUCGGUACCUGUAUCUUCGUUAGCUCUUAUUGCAAGAACUCCAAAGCAACAUAUUCCAGCUGCGUACAAUAAUAUACCACUUUUCUGUUUUCCCGAUGGUGCUCGAGCAACAUAUGAACGAGAAAAUGAACGAAUUCAUCAUAUUGUAUUUACACAAGAAGAAGGCAAACGAAUUUAUGCACUAGCACUUACAUUUCAACAAUCGUUUAAUCUUAAAACAAAUAAACCUGAUGAUGAUGGUACAUAUCAAAUUGAGGAUGCUAAUUUAGCAACAUUAACUUCACGACGUCCAAGCGAAUCGAGAAUUCCCAUAGCUAUUGAAAGGCAAAAAUCACUAACAUCCUUAUCAAUGUCAACAACAUCAACACCAACACCAUCGACGCCGACAGUUAAAGCACGUUCAAGUAGAGUACCCGUAUCAUUUCGUUAUAGUGAUGCGAGUACGAUGAGUCAAUCGCAAUCAUCGAAUAGUUCUACUGAUGCGAAUAAAAAACAUCUUCCUCAUUAUCAAACACACACCAUUGUUAGCUAUAUGAAAGAUUUAUCAUCUACAGCACAGCCUCCACAAAGUCGUAUGGUACGAACGAACAGUCAAAGCAAUCUAACAACCUUGAACGAUACAGCAAGUAUUUCGACUGGAGCACGGAAACGUUCCAGUUCAAUUACAUCUCGAAAUUCAUCAAUGAAGACAAUACCGACAGCAGCAACAACAACAACAACAUUAACUUCAACGCCAAUUGAGAUAGCAAAACCAUUCUAUUUACCACAUUGUAUUGUACUUGUUUCAACUCAACCCUAUUGGACUGCAAUGCAAGAAACAAUAUCAAUGAUUUACGACGAAAUAAAUCGAUUAAGAAUCGCACCAAAUUCAAAUCUCUAUAAACAAUUAAUACAAAAAUAUGCUUUUCGUGCUUGUAAUACACCAAUACCACCGAUACCAUGGGAACGUUUUUCACUAGCAUUUAAUUUAACAAAUGAUCAAUCCGUAUUAACAUUUGAUCCACCCAUCGAUACAAAUCAUACAGUACUCGAUUUAGAUCUAUCAAUAUUUCCUUUAACACUUAAUAUUGGCAAAUUACUUGAUAUAUUAGCAGCUAUAUUUACACAACAGCCAAUUAUCUUUUUUAGUUCAAACUAUUCAAAAUUAGUUACAACACUCGAAUGUCUUCUCUAUUUAAUUUAUCCAUUGAAAUGGGCUCAUGUUUAUGUACCAUUUGUACCUGAUGGUUUACGUGAUUAUUAUCUUGAAGGUCCACCAGGUUCAUAUAUUAUGGGUGCACAUUCACGGCAUCAGUCUAUCGUUGAAGAUCUUAAUAUGAGUUUUACAUGUAAUUUAGAUAACAAUAAAAAUAUUCAUGUACCAAAAGGCAUGGAAUUUCAUCAUUUACCACCAAGUAAAAUUCAACGUUUUGUUAGUCGAAUAACUGAAUUUCUUGAAGAUAUUAAAGUUUCUCGUUCAUUACAAAAUGUUCAUACUCCCGUACGUUUACGUAUUGAUCAACAACGUGAAUUUGAACAUCAACAACGUAUUGAAACAAAUCAUAGAAUCAUACAAAUAUUUCUUGAUUUAAUGGUUGACUUAUGUGGUGAUGCAUUAAAACCAAUUUAUUGGAAAAUAAAUCAUCCACAAUUAAGUCCAACGAAUACAUUAACAAGAACAUCAAGUAAUGAUACAAAAAGUUCGAAUCAUAAUCAAGCAAAAGUAACAUUCAGCAAAGAAAAAUAUUUACUGUCAAAAACAGAAGGUAUUGAAUUAGAAUUCUAUCGAAUGUUCGUGGAAACUACAGCAUUUCAAUUACUUAUGGAAGAAGAAAUAAGAUCGACCUCGCCCACUGUAUUUAGACACAUUUGUCAAUUACAUUCAUCAUCAAAUGAAUAUCAAUUUUGUCAUUUUAACCAUUUAUCAUCAGAAGAAAAUAAUGAUGAUGAAAAUGAAGAUGAACAAGAAGCAACUACAUUAUACGAUUCGAUGUCUUCUCAAAUGCUACUACCAUUACCAGAUUGGCCUACAAGUACAUCAACACAUUAUUUAGAUGAUUGUAUUGAAUUAUUUACUAGUGAAUUAAAAAAUGCACAACAAGAACAUUCACCAUCGGUCAUAGCAGUUUAUGCUUAUCUACGUGGUUGUGCACUAUUAGCACGUGGCCAGUUUCUUGAUGGUCUUCGUGAUCUCUAUUUAAUUGAAAAUCCAAAUCUUUUCCCACGUGAAUAUAUUGAAACAGUUGUUUUAUCUCGUCUUGCUGAUGAAUGUCUACUUGAUUUAUUUCUUAAUGAAUCAUAUUAUACUAAAGCUCCUGAAUGGAAAAAAGUUCGUACACGUGCAACAUCACAGCGAAUGUCAAUAAUUGAUCUCGAAAGAAGCGGCGGCUUUCUAGAUGAUGAAAAUCCUGUUGAACCAGGAAUUGAGGGUGCUCUAGACAAUGAAUGGAAUAUAGUAGAAAAGAAUCUAACAUACGAACAAUUUAGUGAACAUGUACACCAUUCAAGAAUUGUACUCGAUAAUGAAACAACACAAAAACUAUUCAAUGCUUUAAUGCAUUGGACCGAUAGUACAAUCACAAGAACAUUGAAAAAAGAUAAAACAUUAACUGCAAAUAAAUCUAGUGAAACAGCGAAGUCAACACCUAGACGCUUGUCAAUGACAGGAACUCCAUUAAUAGAUACAUUAACUAUGUUGAAUGGUGUUGGACGUGGAAAUCAAAAUGCAACACUUUCAUCUAAAUCAUUGAUUCCAUCUAAUUCAACAUUACCUAUAGUAUUGUUCGAAUCAUUUCUUGAUAAUUGGCAACGAACCAAUGCUGAAAAAGUUCGCAUGAAUCGUUGUUUGCCCGAGGAUCGACAGAAAAAAGAAUCGAUCUUAAAAAUAUCAUCAUCAGGUAUUGUCUCAAAAGCAGAUGGCCCUGGAAAAUUAAUUUUAACACAAAAACGACUAUAUUUCUUGCCUGAGACACGUUCAUUUGCACGUGUUCUCACUGAACUUGUGAAUAUUACAUCCGUAGAAAAAUACCAACAUCAAACAGCUUUUUCAUCAUCAAAACCAGGUAUUAAAGUUUAUGCAGCAGCAUCAACAAAUACAUCAUCACUACCACGCGAUAAUACGGUAACAUUAAAGUCAAAACUAUCAUUAUCAUCAUCAUCAUCAUCAUCAGUUGAUAAAGACUCGAAAUCAUCGAUUAGAUUAAUUUUUAAGAAUUGUCAAGAACAAGAAUUAUGGUACAUUAUUAUUAUUGAACUAUGGUCAGGUGUAACAAUUUCAAAUGAACAAUGUGAUACAUCUGUACUUAAUAAAGCAUCCAGACAUAUCGCACUUAUGGAUACAUUAGCUAAUAUCAAUUACGACGAUGAAGCAACAGCAGUUGAUAAUAAACAAGGGCCGAACUAUCGUGAAAAGCCAAAACAACGUCAUAAUGAAGCAAGUCUUGAUAUGGCUUUAAACGAUUUAUCAAUAUGUACACAAAUGCGUAAAGAAGGUGCAUUGAAGCCAUUAUCUGUCGAAACACGUAAUGUUCUUACUCGUCGUCUAUCACCAUCCAUAAAUGAAACUGACUCUCAUGCUGUACGCUGUCUUGUCUGUACUGAACAUCCUGAAAAUGGACGUUCAUCGCUUUGGUGCGCAUAUGGCUCUAAACUUAAAGUAUACAAUUCAAUAACAUGGGUAUGUGAUCCAACGGAUAUAUUAUUUCCAUCAUUGAUAACAUGUAUGUGUGUUGAUUCACGAAAUAAAAUGUGGGUUGGUUGUAUUGAUGGUCAAUUAUUUGUUGUCGAUACCGUAACACAUGUUUGUGGUGCACAAUUAGCAUCGAUUCGUUGUGAAGGUGGCUGUCAAACAAUGGCAUUCGAUUUCCAAACUAAUCAUAUAUUAACUGCUAGUCAAUCUGGUUCAGUUACUAUAUGGAAUGCAACAAAUUGGGAACGUUUAAACGAAAUUAAUUUAUGCGAAAUAUAUCGAACAACUCAAAGUAAUCAAGAAAGAACAUUUCAAAGUAAGAUAGAAGUUACACUUCGUGCUCCGAUACAAUCAUUAAAAUCAGGAAAAAAACAAAAUCGAAAAGAAAAAGUCUAUCCUGACUCAAAGUCAUCUACGAAUCAAAUGUAUAUACCAAAUAUACCCUUAGCGAAUGGACCAGCUCCAAUAAUUCCAUCGCCAACAGAUAAACUUGAACGUAUACAAGUAUAUGAUAAUCUUCUAUUUGCUUGUUAUCGCGAUGAUUAUCUACUUAGUUUCCGUGUAUCUGAUUCGAACACGUACACAUAUGAGAGUUUAAUAUCAGUUAAAUACAAAAAAGAUGAUUCAACACCUAUUGAUGCAUUUAUUGCUUAUAACGAACAAUUGUGGGUAUCCACUGGUUGUAUUAUUUAUAUAUUUAGUAUUAACGAUGUCAAUGAUGAAAAUUCUGAUAAUUUAUUGAUGAAAAAACCAGUUGAUGAUGAUCGUCUUGUAACAUUGUUAGGUUUUUCAGGUUAUAUAUGGGCUGGAUCAUUACGUGGAAAUGUAUACGUAUUUCGUAUGGAUAAUUAUGAAAGAUUUAAAACAUUUGCUGGCCAUCAUGAUAGCGUUUGUUGUUUAUGUUCAAUGCUCAAUAUGUAUGUUAUAAGUGGUUCAGCACAAAAUGAUGCAUCAAUUGCUAUUUGGGACAAUGUACAAAUAUCAACAAAUACAACAAACUCAUUAGCAUUAUCAUCAUCAACAACCACCUCGACUGGAGAAAAAUCAAAGGCUAAUGCACCGGGAACUUCAACAAGCACAUCAAGAAUUCCGAGGAAAGCCGACGCAACAGGAGAAAAUAUCAAAUCUAUUAAUAUGUUAUAA